AAAAUGUUGAUUUUGUGGCUGUGGAAUAUAGUGGAAACCCUGCGACUGCGCGCGUGUGGUGCGUGUGUAGCCUGCUAGCGUUGUAGCAAUUAGGCGCUAGACUGCUCAAGCGAAGUUGAAGGCUGGGUGGUGAUUACAGACAGCUCUAGUUAAAAGGCACAUAGUGUGCAUUUCUUGGACAUGCUUGCUUCAUUUUCGACUACUGGGUAUCUGUUUUGAAUGCUGCAACCUUUUUACUCUUUUAUUAAAGGCCUUUUUUAGGCUUGGAGUGAAAUCGCUACAGGCUUUGGGCACCGACCGGAGUCAGUGUUGGCUGGCUUUACAGGCUUGAAAAUAUAUUCAGCAGGAGCAGAGGAUUUUAUAACCAGUUAUUGAACAAUUCGGACCGGAAUAUAUUUUGAAAACACGUCUCAUCAUUAGUGUAUUGUUAACUGUUUAUUAUAAGCUUGCUUUCUAUCUCGCUUAGUAAGAAUCUGCCUGUUUGGCUCGCCAAUCAAAUGUCAGAAAUCCGUAUGACAGUGCCAGCCAGACAAAAUGUGUCUGUCUGUCUACGGUAGUCGGCCUUAGAAAAACGGAGGUUAACUGGCUACCGAAGCUGAGUUGCAUGAACUUUAAAAUCUUGUCUUAAGUAGCAUACUGGCUACCUAGUGUUUAUUAAGUAUUUUUUCUCGUGAAUGCUAGUUAGCUAUUAGAACAUGUAGGCUACACAGUACCUUUGUGACUCAGAUGUCGAAAACUCUAAAAGGUUUAGGAAAUACAAAAUAUCUGGUGAUAAGAUCGCUGACUGACGACGUUAACUCAUAGUUUCUUCAUUUUUUUUCCCCCGUCUGGAAAUUACUGUUUGGACAAUCACGGUAUCAUGAAAAUCGACUAUUUUUAGACCUGGGAGGCAUUUAAUCAUCCAUCGUAUUUGAUUCGGACUAUGUUGGAUUUGACAGUCUGGGCAAAUGUGCUCGUGUAGCUCAAGCGUUAAAGCUGGCGAAAAAGAGAGAACUUUUUGGAGAAACCGCCCGUCCCGAAUGUCUCCAUCAGCCAUGGCAGCCCUGGGCCGAAUGUCGUUCCUGGCUUUGGGGCUGUGUGUCAUCCUGCUUCUCAGUCCCGUCGCUGCUGCCCAGAGUGAGGAGCGUGAGUGUGCUUUUAAUGACCAGCAGCCUCAGUAUGAGGAGCAGCGAGGAGGAGGACCUAUGAGCAGGGAGAAUUCUACUGUACGAUGCAUCGAGGGGUCCCGCUGCUACGGCCUCUGGGAGAAGAAGAAAGACGGGGACACACUGCUGGUCAAACAGGGUUGUUGGACUCAUGAGGACAAGCAGGAGUGUCAUGAGGACCGCUGUGUGGUGACCACGACCCCGUCUCAGAUCCAGAAUGGGACCUAUCGCUUCUGCUGCUGCAGCACCAACAUGUGCAACGUCAACUUCACUGAGGACUUCCCACCGCCCAGCCCCACGUCCGCACAGCUCUACCCGCAGCCAGUGUAUCGGGAGGAGACCAUCGUGAUCGCCCUGGCGUCUGUCUCCAUAGUAGCGGUGUUAAUGGUGGCGCUGUUCUGUGGGUACAGGAUGAUGAGUGGGGACAGGAAACAGGGACUACACAACAUGGACAUGAUGGAGGCAGCAGCCUCAGAGCCCAACCUCCACCUUGACAGCCUUAAACUACUAGAGUUGAUUGGCAGAGGACGAUAUGGCUCGGUCUAUAAGGGUUCGUUAGAUGAGCGUCCGGUGGCAGUCAAGGUGUUCACCUACCAGAACCGGCAGAACUUUGUCAACGAGCGUGCUAUCUACCGCAUCCCCCUGUUAGAGCACGAGAACAUCGCCCGGUUUAUCGCAGGAGAUGAGAGACUAACACCCGACGGACGCAUGGAGUAUCUGCUGCUCAUGGAGUAUUACUCUCGCGGUUCUCUGUGUCGGUACCUGAGUCACCAGGCCGGAGACUGGAUGAGCUGCUGUCGUCUCACUCACUCUGUGACCAGAGGGCUGGCCUACCUCCACACUGAAAUACUGACAGCAGACAUCUACAAGCCUGCGGUCUCUCACCGAGACCUAAACAGCCGGAAUAUUCUGGUGAAGAACGAUGGGACCUGUGUGAUCAGUGACUUUGGCCUGUCCAUGAAGCUGACAGGGAACCGACUGGUCAGGCCUGGAGAGGAGGACAACGCUGCCAUCAGCGAGGUGGGGACCAUCCGUUACAUGGCUCCAGAGGUCCUGGAGGGGGCGGUCAACCUCAGGGACUGUGAGUCCGCUCUGAAGCAGGUGGACAUGUACUCCCUCGGCCUCGUCUACUGGGAGACCUUCAUGAGAUGUACCGACCUCUUCCCAGGAGAGGCGGUGCCUGAAUACCAGAUGGCGUUCCAGGCUGAGGCUGGGAACCACCCGUCCUUCGAGGACAUGCAGGUCCUGGUGUCCAGAGAGAAGGAGAGACCCAAGUUCCCUGAGGCCUGGAAGGAGAACAGCCUGGCGGUGCGCUCCCUGAAGGAGACCAUGGAGGACUGCUGGGACCAGGACGCUGAGGCUCGUCUGACAGCUCAAUGUGCAGAGGAGCGCAUGGCGGAGCUCCUGCUGAUCUGGGAUCGGAACAAACCUGUCAGUCCUACUGUCAACCCCAUGACCACUGCACUGCAGAACCCCAUGACCACUGCACUGCAGAACCCCAUGACCACUGCACUGCAGAACCCCAUGACCACUGCGCUGCAGAACGAGAGGAACCUGUCCCACAGUCGCAGGCCCCCAAAAGUCACCCCCUACCCAGACUACUCCUACAUCGAGGACCAUGAGGGCCAUUUGGUGAAGAACCUCCCAGGUGGGGCCACCUCCAGCAGCGCACCUGGGGGAUCUGGCACCGGCCCGGCGGGCCCUGAGAAGAAUCGGAACUCCAUCAACUACGACCGCCAGCAGGCUCAGGCUCGGCUGCCCAGCCCGGAGAGCAGCGGGGCUAGCCUCUCAACCACCACAGGGUUGACGCCUAACACCGUCAUGACCACCAUAUCAGAGUCCGGGCACGGGGAGGACUCCUCUGGAAUGCUGGGUGGUGCUGUGAUAAUGCCCGUAUGUCUGCAGCUGACCCAGGAGGACUUUGAGACCACCAAGCUGGACCCCAAGGAGGUCGACAAGAACCUGAAAGAGUCCUCUGACGAGAACCUGAUGGAGCACAGCCAGAAGCAGUUCUCUGCUCCGGACCCCCUGAGCUCGGGGUCGUCCUCCCUGCUGUACCCCCUCAUCAAGCUGGCUUCGGAGGUGACAGGGGCCAGUGCUGUGGGGGACCCUCCCACUGCCGCGUUCCCUUUGCCCAAGCAGCAGAACCUCCCCAAGCGGCCCACCACCCUGCCCCUCAACACCAAGACCAAGGAGGGCUCGGAGUCCUCGCGGCUCAAGUUUGGGAAGCACAAGUCCAACCUGAAGCAGGUGGAGACGGGCGUGGCCAAGAUGAACACUGUUGCCACGGCAGCCGAGCCACACCUGGUAACCAUCACCAGCAAUGGAAUGUCUGGGGUCGUUGGCGGGAACGGGGUACGCAGUGGAGUGGGCACGCUGGUGGUUAACGGUUACCUGAAUGGGGGCGUGGCCUCCUCCUCAGGAGGUGGGGCUCCUUUUGGGACCACCAAUCCAGCGGGCCCUCAGAGUGAGGUGGGAGGAGCAACAUCCCUGUUGCAGAGCCAGCUGAGUGGAGAAGACAGCCGACUCACCCUGAACCCCAGCCCCGACGAACACGAGCCCCUCCUGAGGAAGGAGCCGCCGGCUGCACGUCACCAGAGACCCGGCAGUCACCUGGCAACGCGUCCCAACUCCAACAACAACAACAACAGCCUGGUGGGGGUGGCUCCGCCUGCCAGGGGGAUCGUGGGUCCUCCUGUUGAGGGCCGAUCUGCACCCUUUAUUGCAGCCCCUCUACAUGUCUCUACUCUAACUACCCCAUCACCUGGAACUGUCUCACUGUCUACCCCCUCACUUGGACCUGUCUCACUGUCUGUCCCAUCACCUGGACCUGUCUCACUGUCUGUCCCCGCACCUGAACCUGUCUCAUUGUCUGUCCCCGCACCUGAACCUGUCUCACUGUCUGUCCCCGCACCUGAACCUGUCUCACUGUCUGUCCCCGCACCUGAACCUGUCUCACUGUCUGUCCCCACACCUAAACCUGUCUCACUGUCUGUCCCCGCACCUAAACCUGUCUCAAUGUCUGUCCCCGCACCUGAACCUGUCUCACUGUCUACCCACACACCUGGACCCUUAUCUGUCCCCAAAACAACCCCUGCCCCAGUUUCAGCCCCAGUGGCCCAGCAGGAGUCUGCCCAGCUCAGACAGCCCAAACCCAGGCGACCUGAGAGGCCCUGCUCCCUGGACCUGUCUGUUUCCUCCUCACACGACAGCUCUUCAGGUGAUUGCUCUUCGCUCGAUGGCCAGGGUGGUUCAGGUGAGAAGAUCAAGCGUCGCGUCAAGACGCCGUACUCCCUGAAGAGAUGGCGACCCUCCACCUGGGUGGUCUCCACGGAGACGCUGGUCGGCGAGGUAAACAACAACAGCGGCGCAUCUCGGUCCAAGUCCUCAACCGCUGUGUUCCUGGUGGGGGGCGGGACUACCACCAUAACCUCUGACCCAAACAUCACCUGCCUGUGAACACUAGCCUCUAGAGGCGUGGCCUGGGAGGGCGUGGCCAGGGAAGUGUUCCACAAGAGCCAGGUGCCCGCCAAAUAGCUGACUGCUGAGAACCCAACCCUUUUAACAAAUCGUAUGUCGCCAAAUUCUGUUUUGUAUGGCAGUAUUUUUUUGCCCUAACCCUAUAGUCCCCCUAAAUGUCUCCUAGUGAAUAAGAACUGUUAUUCCAGUUUCAGAAGCGUUGAAGAGUGGGGGAAGUGGAAUUUCAGCAGUGUGUACUUCCUGAGUGGACUGGAAUUAGUUUUAUAUUGAAGCCAGCCCUGCUACCUUUACAGUAUGUCAGUACAGUGCGUUAUCUGUCCUAUUUCCAGUCAUGUCCGAAAAAUAAAUGAUGUGAAUCGGAUAAGUGUGAUGCUGCAAGAGAACCAUUUGGCAAGAAAGGAGCACUUCUAAAUUGACGUUAUUCUUCUGGAUGGUUCUUCUCAAUGUUUCUUUCUUUAGAAAACUUACAACAGAAAGUGGCUAUGCAGGAGCAACAGGCUUCAAAUGCUUCCAUAAUAUAUGCUGUUCCAUGUACGUUAUCAUCAUGUUGUAAAUAGGGCUUUUGAAAACAUUUUUAAAAACAUUUAUUUUUAUUGUUGCACUUUUUUUAAAAGGUUGUGAUGUUAAACCCCAUUGAGAUGUGCUUGUCCGGUGACCAUGGUAUCGAGACAAUGGUUUGAUCCAACAAUCAGAGGUCCCAAAUGACAUCCCAUUCCCUGCAGGGCCACAGGGCUGUGUCAGGUGUAGGUUGCCAUAGUGAUUCUAUGGACUCAGGGUCCAUAUAAAACUAAAUGUUGGCAGUAGAGACAGUGGUCUUGAAGACUAGGUUGGCUGCACUUUGUUUAUUUUUUUAUAUAUAUUUUCAUGCAUAGUUCAUGUAUAAUUUUUAUGUAUUUGUUUAACAACCAUCUGUGUAUCAUAUUUCAAAAUGUGCAAUAGGCUUUAGCUUUGAGGUGCUUUAAAACAAUGUUUUUAUGUUGUAUAAUUUGUAUGCAGCAGUUAUUUUUGUUAUUGUAGUUGUAAACAGUGCCCUUAUUUUCAGUAGUGAUCCUACUUCCUGUCACCCGCCCCUUGAAUCAGACGCCUCAUCGGACAACAAUCCUUUACCUUCUCACUAAUCUCAUCAAACAUGGGAAGGACAAGCAACCGAAUCAAACCAGGAAGAAUGGGAUGCAAUAGGACAGUUCUGUGUUUGCAUGUCCAAUCAGAGAAAGUCAUGAUGUUAGGUUUCCCAGAAGUGAAGCAAAGUAAGCGAUAUCUACAGCUUUCAACAUGGAGGAAUUUGUUCUUUGCAAAAAUUUGUUAGUGACAAUUUAACUUAAUUCUGUGAGCCAAAAUGGACAUUGGCAGACUAGUCAGACUGCAAUGAACACGUUCUUCCCACACUUAAUGUAUACUGAACUAGAAUCUCUACUGUAAACACCUACUUGUGUUUAGCUACAUUAGCAUUAAUACUGAGCACUCCAAAGUAGGGCCGAAAAACAGUUUUUUCUUUUUUUUCUUUAUACAUUUUCAAGAAUCCCAUUUAAAAAUAUAACUUUUUCUCUUCUGUUGACUGAGGUUAUUUUUGGGAUGCAUACUACCUGCCUAAACAUCUAAUGGAUUAGGGAGGACUGGCUCCCCUCCUUGGUGUAAAUAAUUGUGUAUAUUUACAGGGCAGUUACACACACACACACACACACACACACACACAACUGUUGAGACUGGACCAAGAACACUGCUACAGUUCUGUAAUGUUUAUGGCACAGUGAUUAUACUGUUCACUCUAUUACUGUAAAUACGGUACUCAGAAAGCAUGUAGAAAUACUACGGUUAUUACUGUAACAUCGUCAUUUAAGCCUAUGAAAUAAAAUAUGUGGAUUAUUAGACAAUGAUUUUACUACUUUGGAAGAUGAGAUUUGACUAGAGUCAACCAAACUAUCAACCCUUUCAUGCUCAUUCUUAGUUGUAAAGAUAAUUUUGGUCUUACUAUUUGAACAACGCGGGUGGGUGAUUAAAAAUAAAAUAAAAACAGUUGUAAAGGUGAGAAAGAAAAAAAGUGAAGUUUGUACAAUAAGCACUUUGAAAGUGGAAGAAAAUAUGCUGUAGUCUGCUGAAAAUGUUUACAAAUGCAAUUAAGAUGAAACAAAGCUUGCUGUACAACAUUGCAUUAUAUGAUCUGUUGAUUAAAGAUUAUAUUAUUGAACAUA